CGUGCACGACCGUCAAGUGUACGCAAAGUCCGCGGCUCUCGCAGUUUGGCGACCCUGGCUUGCGAUCGACGUUGUGUGCCGUGUCGCGUUGACGCGAGGUGUUGCAAUCAGCUGCGGAUCGCGUGGGUGCGUGAUCGCAAUCACGAUCGCGAGAAUCGAUCUCUCAUCUUCUUCUGCCUUUCUCCUCUCCGCGAGACCUCAGCUCAGCCGCUCGCAGUCGCGAGAAUCGCCGUCGAUACACUUCCUCGCGCGCGUACGCUUCGCGAACUUCUCCUGCGGGCAACUCGACCGUUGCGAUAUCGAACAACGAUAUUCGCGCGUAACAUUGGCAUAGGGGCACGACGACUCGUUACAGCAACGAAGACGACGACGACGACAACGGCGACGACGACGACGACGACGACGACGAACAACAAGGGGAAUAACGAGCGGAGGAUGCACCGUCGCCGCCGUUAAUCAACGAGAAGGCCGUGCAGGUCGAUGAGGACGACGAGACGCAGCAACGGACAACGUCAGCUACAUCAGUAUGCAGGCGAACGACGAGACCUACGAUAAGAACCCUGCCGCGGAGAACAUCCGCGUCUCGUUCGCCGAGGAUGACGACGACGUGGACCGCGCGUCCACCUCCGGCGAGAAGUCAUCCGACGAGCCACCCCCGUCCACCACCACCGCCAGCGACGAUGACUACGGCUGCGAGCAUUACAAACGGAAGUCCAAGUUCGUGACCCCAUGUUGCAACAAGGUAUACGCAUGCCGGUUUUGCCACGAUGAGCAAGAGGCCCACACAGUGAACAGGAAAGAAGUGACGGAAUUGAUAUGUGUCCUCUGCGACACUCGUCAGCCCGUGCAGGCCACGUGUCAAAAUUGCCAUUGCCGAUUCGGCAAGUACACGUGCCUAGAAUGCAAUCUCUUCGACGACGAGGACAAGAAUCAGUAUCAUUGCGACGGUUGCGGUAUAUGCAGGGUCGGUGGUCGCGACAGAUUCUUCCACUGCGCUAAGUGCAAUAUGUGUUUGCCAGUUCAACUGAGGAAUGGACACACGUGCAUCGAGAACGUGUCGCACGCCAACUGUCCGGUGUGCCUGGAGGACAUCCACACGAGCCGCAUACCGUGCCACAUUCCCGACUGCGGGCAUUUACUUCACCGCACAUGCUUCGAGGAGCUGCUGCACUCCGGCCACUACGCCUGCCCGACGUGUCAGGUGUCGCUGUUAGACAUGACCGACCUGUGGAAGUUUCUGGACACGGAGGUGUCACUGACGCCGAUGCCGGAGGAGUACCGCGACUACAAAGCCGAUAUCUUGUGCAAAGAUUGCCACGAGGAAUCCACGGUGAAGUUUCACGUGGUCGGCUUGAAGUGCUUAAAUUGCGGCAGCUAUAACACCUGCAGAGUGAAAGGCUCCCCUUCUCCAGAUCCGGACAACUCGAACGAAGCAGCAGGUGGCAGUAGCACGGGGGAGGAAGAACAAUCCUCCAGUAAGUAAGGCCAAAAGUGUUAUCCAUGAGACAGAUUGAUCCAUCGAUCGAUCAGUCAGUCGAUUAAUCGACUGAGAAGGGUAACGAGGGCGAAAGAAGAUUACACGUACACAUACAAGUUAUAGACGACACCGAGAGAGUAUUUGUACUUUAGACGAAUAUUACUCUUUAUAAUGUUUUUGUAGCGAAAUUGCAUUUCUAUCGGUACGCUAAGGUACUCUCUGACGUGACCGAGUUUGGCCGAAUGCGGCUUAGCACUUGAAAGAACAAAGAUAAGAUGAAUUACCAUUGUUCCCAUUAGCAGUGGCGACGUCGUCGACAUUAGUAAUUAAUUAUUUUCUAGCGAUUAUUUGUGAUACGCUGUAACACAACUCUCUAGGCAUCCGAGUGGACGCGGAUCGUUUCGUUAGCGCGAGUCUCAUUGGCGAGAAGGAGAGAGAAAGAACGAAAGGAAAGGUGCGACAGAGAGGAUGAGUCUCGUUGUUGUUCGUCGCGAGUCCAUAGACGUAUAAUACUUAAACCGCGCGGUCUCAACGUCUCCUUUUGUUAGAACGCGUCAGAAGUUAGAAAGACAGUUGCUGUACGGAUACCAUCCUGCCUUUUUCGAAAGACUCGUGGCAGCGUGGAGAAGCGUUUGCUGAGGGACGAAAAAGGAAGGUAGAGGGGAGUGAAACGAUACACAUACAUCUCCAACAUUAUCAGACGAAGACAGAAUGGUACCUCAAAGCAUUCUCUCUCUCUCUCUCUCUUUCUAAUAUUUGACGACUUUUCGGGCGAAUGCCUGGUCUAGUUAUUAUAUGUCUAUGCGCGAGUCGCAGUCGAAGACGGUGGGUUAACGAAACGAUCGGCAUCUGCGGAUAAUUCGUAGCCGCUCCCUUCUCGCGUACGACGCGUUUGCGACGCUGCGAUCGUCGAGGAGCACGCGAUUGCUAUUGUUAGUUGGUUUUCAACGUUUUUAUCUUGUACCGGACACCCUGGACUCUCGUCGCGCGAUUUUUUUAGCCACGUGUCCUGGAAUGCGUUUGGAGUCGGGGGGUUCUCGAUGGAAGUGCGAUGUUCAACGAAGAGAGUCUGAUAUCUCUUCUCGUUUCUUCGUAGCCUUCCGCAUUCGCGAUGUUUGCCCUUCGCGAAUUCGCCCUCAAAUUCUGUGACAAUUCACAUAUCUCGCGACAUUCGUUAAUUUUAGUAUUCCGGCAUUUGAUGAAUGCAAUGAGUCUAAUUGAUGCAACAACAUAUUUACGGUAACAUAUUUAUAUCGAGUACAUGUUAUUUAUAUAAUUAUUAAUGAUUUGAAAAGUUGGACUGGAAAAUAGUACGACGUUUAAACAGACUCAACACCGCGAAGGAUUAAGCAUCACGGUUAGAUUAUUGAAAUUUUGAAAAGACUGACUGCAUCUUCAUAGGGACCUAAAAUCGAUUUAGCAACGCAUGUAGCUUUUACGUUUUAUAUGAACAGCCCAGCCGAAACUACAUAAUAAUUUCCGUUGUUGCAACUGCUGAUGUUACAUGUCGCAUAAAUUAUGUUAUGAUUAUAUUAUAAUUUUACGCGACAUGUAACAUCAAUAGCUACGAUACCGAGAGCUAUCAAAUCGGUUUUACGCUGGUUUUAUGUAAAAAUAAACGACAACAUACGUUGUUGAUAUUUGUUGUCGAAUUGAUUUUAGGCUACAGCGUGAACAUAGCCCGAGAGCAUACGUAAUAAUUGCAAUUAACGAGGGAGUUUGUUGAGAUCAAUCAGUGAACAAUUAGUGACUCCAAAUCGCUCAGAGAGUCCGUGUGGACGAAGGUUCGCGCGGCGUGUCCUCGGAGAUGCUUGCGUAUGUAUAAUUUAUGCAUACACUUCUUCUGUGUCUUAGCUAUAUUUACUCCCGAAAUAGCAACUGCGUCGGUGGUAGUUAAUUACGUCUAAGAAAAUUGUUAAAAGGAAUCAUGAAGAGGCAGAAAUCGACCGAGCCCUCAGGAUAAGAGAUGAGCGCAGGUGAGCGGUGAGGUUACGAGAAUAUUACAGAACUUUUCCGAUUACUGGAGGCACUCUAAUCAACGGUGCCACCUUAUUUUUCGAUCUAUUCUGCGUGUUGAUGAUAAACGUUGCAACGGCGCGUUCGCACCGUCGAGACGCGAUUUUCCCACGCGCGAGUGCCAUGUUGAGCAGACACGCAUCGUCCUGGGAAACGAAACCCGGCAAUAUUCCGGUAAUAUUCGGCAACUAGGACGAUUUCCCGAGAAGUCGUAUUACCGAAGUACGAACGAGGUAAUAUCAUGAAGUGUACGAUUACUGGAGGGAUCCGAGAAGAAAUUACUAUCCUGAAGACAGUAGGAAGACAACGGCAGGUUGUUCCAACUCCUCCUUGGUAAGUUAACUGAUAGUUAAAUCAUAUGUCUAUCUUCGUUUAAAUUGAAGGGAAAACAAAGAUAAACGCAUGAUUUAACUAUCAGUUAACUUACCAAGAAGUUGGAACAACCGACCUCAAGUGUGCCAAUUGGCAGGUUCUUUUCGAGAGACAACUAUACAGUCGAGGCGAUUGCGGUAUCGCAACUUUCCAGGAAAUUGCUCCACUUUUCGCAAACUUCGAUACGUUUUUCUCGAGACGAUGCAUACCCACCCCGGACCGUUGCCGUUUCUUCCACGGCACUCGCGGAAAUCGCACGCGGGGAUUGUCGCAUCGAGGCGCGCGGGAACGUCGAUGGGCCUAACUAACUGUACUUCGAACAACCACCUCUCACAUCGCAUCAAUCUCGACAUCGCGUAGCACACGUACACAUACAUACACAGACACGUACGAGCGAAGUUCGAAGCUCUGACAAAUGAAAAUUUCCGUUCCUGCGAAUCACCUGCGGCACAACAGCUGUCUUGUUUUCAGAUGCGAAGCGCGCACUCCGUCUUGUUUUCCAAAAGAGAUCUCAUUUUUAGCCUCCGCUCUCGCGUGAGAACCUUUCUUCUCGUCAAAAUGUAGACAAGACUCUGUAAGAUAAAACAAUUUACUCACUCAUUCACUCACCUUCUCAUACACACACCGGGGUGGCACGUGCCGAUGAUGCGAUAAUGAAAUAUCAAUAGCGAAUAAUUGGGGUUGGAAGAGGGGAAGGAGAAGAAAAGGUAUCUUUUCCCGGCGGAUAGUGAAGUAUCAUGCAUGUGCACGACUUUUCACGUGUGCAUGUGUGUGUAUACAAAAAAAUAUAUAUGCGCACGCGCACACACACACACACACACAUACAUACAUACAUAGAUACAUACACCCAGACUCGCAUUUUCUCCCCGAGAGGCAUUAUUCUUCUUCUUCUUCUGAUACCGGUGAAUAUUCAUCUAUGUAAUGUAAACUUGUAGCUAAUCUGUUUUAAUGUAAUUCUGUGUAAUGCAAUUGUCUAGAUGGAGUAACAGUCGCGACGGCUCGUCGUCGCGGCGUCGAUCGUGAGUCUCGCUGUUCUUCUUGUCGCGAUUUGAUACGAAAUCAUUCCGUUAUAUACCGAAUGAGACGGGAUAGCCCACACACACACAUAUGUUAUUGUGAACACACACAUAUAUGCAGCUCUUUUUUUCUGUCUUGCACGACGCACGACACGACGAUUCGACGACGGUAUGACGGAGUCUGAAAGCGCGACGGUGAUCGUGAGGUCACGAGUGGUGAAACGCGAUUCAGAAGCGAUCAACUUCGAAAGGGAAAGGGAGUAGAAUCAGUGAGAGCCAAAGGCUGGUGUAAAAAAAAAAAAGAAGUACAAAUAAACUACGAGUGAUUGACAUUCGAUUGGAAUCGAACGGCUUUGAUCAAGUGUGAAUAGUCGCAUUCAGCAGAGAAAACUGCUUUACGACCAUUGCAAAAUUCGUGAACCUGAUUUGUGUGUGCUUUUGAUCUCGGCUGAGUCUACAAAUACGCACCAAUCGGAUUCGUAUUUUACAAUCGCAAAGUGGCUUUCUCUACCGAACGCAGUGAAAAACUCGCAAUCGAUCUGUGUUAUCUACGAAUCGCUGCGAGACCGGCGCGUCUCCUCUCUUUUCGUGAAGUUGAUUGUGUAUCUCUGACGACCUUUUCGAAUUUAUUACAUUUUAGACGUGUGAAAUGUCUGCGAGAUUUUCGAGGCGUGUGGAGCGCGAUUCCGCAGCGAGAGACGCUGCGUAUCGACUCGACGGAAUCGACUUUACCAUUCCACAGCAUUCCAAUAGGAGCGAGCAGCUCCUCGAAUUCGUAUCGAGCUUAACAAAGAUGUGUCGCACUUUUUAACGACAGACUGCUGGCUGUAGUACGAGCGAGCAGAUCUUAGACGACUGCUUUCGUUCGCAAAAUUCCUUCGUACAAACGUCCGUUGCGAGAACCGAGCGCUUUUUUCCCUCAGAGACGGGCACAAGAGCGAUCGCGCAGCGCUUUGUUACGACGCUUGAUUGCGCAAGCAGCUAUUCUUACACGCUGAUAUCGUCGAGCGAACCUUAUUGAUCGAUGUUAGAUGUUCGCCUGUCCCGACGAGUCGGGUAUUACGUUGACGAGGAAAACGCGUCAGUCGCGCCGCAAAAGUUUCACGAUUGCCGCGAAUGACCAGCCAGUAGCUUCCUUUUCCUCUUCUGUAACUCUUCUUUAUUCUUCUUUCUCCCGACACGAAACGAUAUACGUAGUUUCUGUUGUGAUUACCAUCACGAUUUUAUUAUAUUGUAAAUUAAAUACCA